AUGCAUAAGCACGGGCAAUUGGGCAUGGGCAUGAGGAUAAGGUGCCGCCUCAGGCCGAGCAGUCGCCGGCGAUGUCGACUUCUCGGCGGCGACACGGCCGCAUUCUGCGCCUCGCUCGUCGAGGGGCUGGCGCACCUCGAGAGCACGCUGGAGGUUGAUCAUCAGUCGGGGACGGUGUCCAUGCGGUGGUGCGCGGACGCCAUGCGGCUCGUCAAGCGGAUGCAGCGCGAGAUGCUGGCCAUCUUCAGGAAGGCCGACGUGCCCGUGGCCGUCUCCUCGUCCGGCGCCGCCGCCGGGGACUGGUUCGAGCACUACAUGCAGGAGACGGCGGCGCUGCUCGACUUCUGCAACGCCUUCAAGGCCGCCCUGUCGCGGAUGCACCGCUACUGCAUGGUCGUCGACGAUCCAUGCCACGCCCAGGUGGCGGCGUCGGCUGCCUUCGGCGACAAGAUGGCGGACGCGAAGGCAGCGGUGGCCGAGGCGGAGCGGCUGGGGAGGGCCAUCAUUGUCUCCGACGCCAGCGGGGACGACGCUGGCGGCAUGGUCGUCGUCACGCUCGUCGCCAAGAUCACAACCUCCAUCCUGUCCAUGUUCGUGCUCCAGGCUCUGACCGCCCCACCAGCCGCCGUCGUCAACAACGGCGGCGUCCGGCCCACGAUCACCUCCGCCGUCGACGUCGACGUCGUCCCGCCUGAGCUGGAGCCGUGGUGCGAAUCGCUGUCGUUGAUCCACGCCCGGUUCCCGAGCCCUGCGGCUGUGGCAGAGCACGAGAAGGUCGCCAUGGCGGUGCGGGACCUCGUCAACGGCAAGGUGAACGGUGGCGAGCAGCAGGAAGAGCUGCUUAGGGCACGGUCAAGUGAGCUCAGGGAAGGCGUGGAGAUGUUCGACUGUGUUCUUGACGAAGUGUUUGAUGAGGUGAUCAGGGGAAGGAAUGAGAUGCUGGGGAUCCUCAGAGACAAGGCUCUAACCUGA